CACGCAAAAAAAAAAAAAAAAGAGUCCUGACCUUAUCCCACAUCUUUUCCUUUCAAAUAUCGCCCACCCCCUUUUAUUUUUAUUUCUUUCCCUUUCUCUUGUUUUUUAUUUUCAUUCUAAAAUGGACGACUAUAUAAAACCAAUGAUAGAUAUAUCGAUUCCAGGCCCGUAUAUUCAACUCGAUAUAGUACCACUUACGUUAUUCUACAUGGUGAUCUCCUACCUCGAUUACUAUUUAUAUUGUCGUACAACCUUAACUUUUAGCAAAUAUAAACACUGGCAUCGUUUGUACCAUCUAAUCCUUCCGUUUCUUUUCGCUCCCAAACGACAAGCGUUUUCCACAGCAUUUAUCGCCUUUCCCUGGUUUGUAGCAUCCGUAGGAGCCUACAGCGCACAGUUAUACAAGUAUCAACAACUUAAACUGGAAGGGCCGCCACAGUCAUUUAAAGACUAUGUGAUAUCGGUCGGGAUAGAGGGCUUAUCGUCACAAGGUCCAGAAGAGAAUAAACAAGAAGGGGUUCGUGUGGAGGGAGUAAGAAGGGUGUUGAAUCACAUCAUUAUCAUGGCGUUAGGAAAAGCUUUGUUGACACCCAUAUUGUUGCAUGAUCCCAAAUUGUUACUUGCCAUGCCUUGGUAUUCAUGGAACGGCAUUUGGUUUGGGUUCCUCAUGGGGUUUAAAGGGUAUACGCUUAUGUUGUGUACAGAUAUGGGAUUAGCCACAAUCCAGAUUCUCACUGGCGUAUCUACUUUGCAUGUGUUCAAUCGACCAUUCUUGGCAUCAAGCCCAAAGGAUUUUUGGGGAAAUCGAUGGAAUUUAGUUGUACGUAAUCUAUUUCGUAAACAAUUAUACACCAAAGAAAAAAAGCCAGCACGAGAAUUAGCGUAUCAUCGAUGCUUGGCGUUUCUGGUGAGUGGACUUAUGCAUGAAAGCAUCAUGACGUUGGCGAACCGUACCUUGACACUGGAGCAGUUUUGUUUCUUUACUUUGCAUGGUUUUGCUGUCCUUUUACAGUCAUUGGUUUCAACUAGAAUUUCAUCAAAAUUACCACGCUCAGUCUCCAUUGUCUUGACCAUGUUAUUUUUUGGCUGUACAAGUCAAUUGUUUUUAGCACCUUUUCUUCGGUAUGAAGAGCAAUGUGCUUUAUUUGGUCAGCACUCAUUUAUUUAAAAUAAUAAUAAUAAUAAAAAAAAAAUUAUGUAGAAGAACGGCGUCGUUUGUUUGUAGGGUAAUCGUCAGGUACGCAUACGGUA